AUGGGCUCCCGGCACUUCCCUGCUCGGACCGUGCUCUUCGAGAAGGAGUCCAAUGGUGUCACGUACCGUGUGCCCGCCCUGCUCUACCUGCCCUGCGUGGCCAAGCUGCUGGCUUUUGCGGAGGAGCGGCUGAGCGCCGAUGAUGCCCACGCCAACGUGCUGGUGCUGCGCCGCGGCACCAUCUAUGGGAGCUAUGUGGAGUGGGAAGACAUGCGUGUGCUGGAGACGGCAACACUGCAGCACCACCGGUCAAUGAACCCCUGCCCACUCUAUGAUGAGUUCACCGGAACUCUCUUCCUUUUCUUCAUCACGGUGCUGGGCAGGACACCUGAAGCCUACCAGAUUGUCACUGGCCAAAAUGUCACUCGCCUCUGCUGUGUCACCAGUGUUGACCAGGGCUUGAGCUGGAGCACAGCCACGGACCUGACGCAGCAGGUCAUUGGCAGGGCCAUCAAAGACUGGGCAACAUUUGCACUGGGUCCUGGGCAUGGGAUCCAGCUGCGAUCUGGGCGGCUGCUGGUGCCUGCCUACAGCUACCACAUUGACUGCAAGGAGUGUUUUGGACAGCUCUGCAAGACCACUCCUCACUCCUUUGCCUUCUACAGUGAUGACCAUGGCCGGGGCUGGCGCUUCGGGGAGUUCAUCCCCAACUUGCAGACGGGUGAGUGCCAGAUGGUCUCGGUGGAUGAGGAGGACGGCUCCAACGUUCUCUACUGCAAUGCCCGUAGCCCCUUGGGCUUCAGGGUACAGGCACUCAGCACAGAUGACGGGGCUGUCUUCCACGGGGGGCAGCUGGUUCAGCGGCUGGUUGAGCCCCCCCAUGGCUGUCAUGGCAGCGUCAUUGGCUUCCCGGCUCCUUUCGUGUAUGUUCCUGCUAGCACCCAUGAAGCCAUGAUGCCUGUUCGGGGCUCAGCUCACCAGCUGCUCCGUGGGAUGCUGCCAGGGUUUCGGUACCUCCCUGACCGGCAGACAGGGGGUGAUGAGCUGCCCCCUGAGGCCGCUGGCAGUCGCCAUGCACCAGCCAAGCCCAAGGAAGUCUGUCCUACUCCAGGGCAUCAUGGUGCUGCCCAGAGCAUCACUUCAGUCCAAGAGGACCCUGCAGCGAACCCCAGCCCUGCUGGCUUCUUCCAGACACCAACGUGGAUCCUCUACUCCCAUCCCACCAGCUCCAUGUCACGGGUCAACAUGGGGAUUCACCUGAGCACCUUCCCCAGGGAUGUGGAGAGCUGGACCGAGCCGUGGAUCAUCUAUGAAGGUCCAAGCGCUUACUCGGACCUGGCUUACAUGGAGCUGCCUUAUAACGAGGCCUCCAUCUCUGGUGGCCCAGAUAUUGCUUUUGCCUGCCUCUAUGAGAAUGGGACACGGUCGCCCUAUGAGCAGAUCUCCUUCAGCAUGUUCACGCUGCACGACGUGCUCCAGAACAUUCCCCUUACAGCCACUGCUCCCCAGCAGGAUGGUGGCCCCUCACGGUGUGGGAAGUGCAGGAGGAAGAGCUGCCUUGUCUCCUAG